UCUUCUUCCUUUCUUUCUUUCUACAAUUUUUCUCUUUUCGAGUUAGCUUUUCUUUCUUUCUUUCUUUCUUUCUUUCUUUCUUUCUUUCAAUAAUGUUUUCCUCUUUUCUAGAUAGCUUUUCUAUUUUUUUUUUCUUUCUACAAUUUCUUCUCUUUUCGAGUGAGCUUUUCUUUCUUUCUUUCUUUCUUUCUUUCUUUCUUUUUUUUCCCUCUUCAGUUAACUAUUCUUUUCUUUCUUUCCAUGUUUUUUUUCUCAUGUUUUCCUUUUUUUCUUUUCCUUGUUUCUUUCUUUCUUUCUACAAAUUUUUCUCUUUUCGAAUAGACUCUUCUUCCUUUUCUUUCUUUCUACAAUUUCUUCUCUUUUCAGGGUUCUUUUUUUUUUUCUUUCUUUUCUUUCUUUCUUUUCUUUCUUUUCUUUCAAUAAUAUUCUCUUCUUCCUUUCUACAAUUUCUUCUCUUAAAGAUAAGCUCUUCUUCCUUUCUUUUCUUUCUAAAAUUUCUUUCUUUUGACUUCUUUUCUUUUCUUUCUUUCUUUUUUUCUUUUUCUUUCUUUCUUUCUUCUUUUCUUUCUUUCAAUAAUUUAAUUUUUUUUUCUUUCUUUUCUUUUCUUUCUUUUUUUCUUUCAAUAAUAAUAAUUUUUCUUUCUGAAUUUCUUUUACUUUUCUUUCUUUCUUUCUUUCUUUCUUUCUUUCUUUUUGUUUUCCUCUUUCUAGAUAGCUCUUCUUCCUUUCUUUCUUUCUACAAUUUCUUCUCUUUUCGAGUUAGCUUUUCUUUCUUUCUUUCUUUCUUUCUUUCUUUCUUUCUUUCAAUAAUGUUUUCCUCUUUUCUAGAUAGCUCUUCUUCCUUUUCUUUUCUUUUACAAUUUCUUCUCUUUUCAGUUAGCUUUUCAUUCUUUCUUUCUUUCUUUCUUUCUUUCUUUCUUUCAAUAAUCUCUUCUUCCUUUCUUUCUUUCUACAAUUUCUUCUCUUUUCGAGUUAGCUUUUCUUUCUUUCUUUCUUUCUUUCUUUCUUUCUUUCUUUCCCUCUUCGAGUUAACUAUUCUUUCUUUCUUUCCAUGUUUCUUUCUUUCUUUCCUUGUUUCUUUUCCUUGUUUCUUUUCUUUCUUUUUCUACAAUUUUUUCUCUUUUCAGGAGUUAGCUUUUCUUUCUUUCUUUCUCUCUUCACUCUUCUUUCUUUCUUUUUUUCUUUCUUUCUUUCUUUUUUCUUUUCUUUCCUUCUUUCUUUCUUUCUUUCCUUCUUUCUUUCCUUCUUUCUUUCUUUCUUUCUUUCUUUCAAUAAUGUUUUCUUCUUUUCUAGUUAGCUCUUCUUUCUUUCUUUCUUUCUUUCCUUCUUUCUUUCUUUCUUUCAAUAAUGUUUUUUCCUCUUUUCUAAUUAGAUACUUUCUACAAUUUCUUCUUUUUCAGGUUAGCUUUUCUUUCUUUCUUUUCUUUCCUUUCUUUCUUUCUUUCUUUCUUUUUUUAAUGUUUUCCUCUUUUCUAGUUCUCUUCUUUCUUCACUCUUUUCCUUUCUUUCUUUCUACAAUUUCUUCUCUUUUCAGGUUAGCUUUUCUUUGUUUUCUUUCUUUCUUUCUUUCUUUCAAUAAUGUUUUGCAUGCUUUUCUAGAUACUCUUCUUCCUUUCUUUCUUCAAAUCCAAUUUCUUCUCCUUUUUCGGGUUAUGCACUUUUUUUCUUUCUUUCUUUCUUUCUUUCUUUCUUUCAAUAAUCUUUUUUUUCUUUCUUUCUUUCUUUCUUUCUUUCUUUCUUUUUGGGAUGAAACAUUUUCCUCUUUUCUAGAUAGCUCUUCUUCCUUUCUUUGUUUUCUGACAAUUUCUUCUCUUUUCAUUAACUUAUUCUUUUCUUUCUUUUCCAUGUUUCUUUCCUUGUUUCUUUCUUUUCUUUCUACAAUUUUUUCUCUUUUCAGGUUAGCUAUUCUAGCUUUUCUUUCUUUUCUUUUCUUUCUUUUCUUUUCUUUUCCUUCUUUCUUUCCCUUCUUUCUUUCUUUCUUUCUGUUCUUUCUUUUCCUCUUCGCAGUUAACUAUUCUUUUUCUUUCUUUCCUUUUUUUCCUUGCUAUUCUUCUUUCUUUCUUUCUUUCUUUCCUUCUUUUCUUUGUCGACUUUUCUUUCUUUCUUUUCUUUUCUUCCUAGAUUUUCUUUCUCUCAAUAAAUACUUUUCUUUUCUUUCUUUCUUUCUUUCUUUUUUCUUUCUUUUCUUUUCUUUCUUUCUUUCAAUAAUGUUUUUCCUCUUUCUGGGCGCUCUUCUUCUUUUCUUUCUUUCUAAUUUCUUCUCUUUUCGACUCUUCUUCCUUUCUUUUCUUUCUACAAUUUCUUCUCUUUUCGAGUUAGCUUUUUUUCUUUCUUUCUUUCUUUCUUUUUUUCCCUCUUUCGAGUUAACUAUUCUUUCUUUUUUUUCCAUGUUUCUUUUUUUCUUUCCUUAUUUCUUUCCUUGUUUUCUUUCUUUUUUCUUUACAAUUUUUUUCUCUUUUCGACUUUCUUCUUUCUUUUCUUUCUUUUCUUUCUUUCUUUC